AUGGGUGCAGAAGAAGUAAAUUGUCCAGUGUGCGGAACCUUGAUUGACAUUGCGAUUGUCAAUGAGCAUAUUGACAAUAAUUGUUCAAUGGCAAUUACUAAAGAUUCUAAAAAAUUGGCAUCACCUGUCAAGAAUGAUAAAACAACGCAAGCAACGAAACGCAAAAACAUGAUAGAUUAUUGGGGAAAGCCAUCGACAGAGAUCGUAUCCCCAAUCCUUUCUAAAGAGACGUCAAAUGCGCAUUCAAAAGAAACUUCAAUUGCACGAUUAAAGGAGACGUCAGAUCUGCGGCCAAAUAAGCAAAUUAAAACGAGCCAUACAAAAGUGGACAUUCCUUUAGCCGCUAGAGCACGACCGAAAAGUUUGGAUGCAUUUGUAGGUCAAAAAGAUCUAAUCGGUGAAAAUGGAAUGCUCAGAAAUUUAAUUUUACGCGAUAAGAUUCCAUCAAUGAUAUUUUGGGGUCCUAGCGGAACAGGAAAAACGACUCUCGCCAAAAUAAUUACCAAAAUGACUCAAUCGAUAUGUAAAGAAUUUUCUGGAAUCACUCACGCCUCCGCUGAUAUCAAAAAGGCAUUCGAUGAAGCAAAAAAUGAACAAAGACUAACUGGAAGGCGAACAAUAAUCUUUUUAGAUGAGAUUCAUCGCUUUAAUAAACCACAACAAGAUUUGUUUCUUCCAUACGUCGAGUCCGGUGAUGUAACUCUUAUUGGUGCGACAACAGAAAAUCCUUCUUUCAAAAUUAACUCGGCUCUUCUUAGUCGAUGCAAAGUGUUUGUGUUAAAAAAGCUAUCGCCAGAUGACGUACACUGCAUCCUACAAAGAACAGUCCAAGAUAUUUUUCAGCAAAGAAAAGAGCCUUUUGAAAAUGAAGACGCUAAAAUUCAAACGACAUUCCAGUCUUCGAAAGAGCACAAUGAAGUUGAUGAUGAUGUACUAAGAUUAUUGGCAGUCAUGAGUGAUGGAGAUGCUAGGAUCGCAUUGAAUUCUCUAGAAAUGGCAUUAAACGCAUCGUGUCAAGAGCGAAGAUGUAUUACUAAGGAGGAUAUUAAAUUAGUAUUUCAAAAAUCACACCUACUUUAUGAUAAAGAUGGGGAAGAGCAUUACAACACAAUAAGUGCUCUUCAUAAAAGUAUACGCGGAAGUGAUGCAAACGGUAUAACCUAUACAAAUCGUAAAGAAUAUGCAGGAGAAGACCCUUUAUAUAUAGCAAGACGAUUGAUUGUUGUUGCUUCCGAAGAUGUGGGACUUGCAGACAACAACGCACUUCCUUUGGCAACUGCAACAUAUCAAGCAUGCCAAUUCAUUGGUAUGCCAGAAUGUGAAAUCAAUCUGGCUCAUUGUGUUACAUACUUAGCGGAGGCUCCAAAGAGCGUUCGCGUUUAUAAAGCUUAUGGAUUGGUGAAACAAACAGUCCAAAGUGAAAAUACCUAUCCGGUUCCCUUACACAUUAGAAAUGCUCCAACAAAAUUGAUGAAGGAUCUUGGCUAUGGUUUUAGCUAUAAAUAUAAUCCGGACUAUGAAGGACCUGUCAACCAAGAAUAUUUACCGAAAGAACUUAAAUGUAAAGUAUUUUUGGAUGUUUAUGGACCAACGAAACGCGACGAAUCAGCAGAUUAA